CAGCAACUGUAAUACUGUCAUUUACAAAUACAGAAGGAAAUAGCUUUAUUGAAUUCAUGUACAAGGUCACACACUAAAAUAUUGUUUGCAAAAAUGUCUAGGAGGGAAGAUAUCGAUUGUAUACAUAAAGCACACGAACGGAUAAAACCGUUUGUUCAUAAAACACCAAUUUAUACUAAUUCGACAUUUAACAAUCUGAUUGGAAAAGAAGCUUUUUUCAAGUGUGAAAAUUUGCAGAAAACUGGAUCUUUUAAAGCUAGAGGAGCAUUAAAUACUAUAUUGAAACUAAAAGAGCAAACUCCUGAUUUAAAAGGAGUCGUAGCUUAUAGUAGUGGCAAUCAUGGUCUCGCCACAGCAUGGGCAUCUCGUUUGGCAGAGGUAAAGUGCUCAGUGGUUGUUCCCAAAACGACAAAUGAAUUCAAAGUCACAGCAAUACAAGGUUAUGGAGCAGAAGUAGUAACAUGUGAAUAUGAUCCUAUAUCUAGAUUAAAAGCCUGUGAAACUAUAGCAGCAAAUGAAGGAUAUGAAAUAAUCCAUACUUCUGAUCAUUAUGACAUUAUACAUGGACAGGGAACAAUCGCGUUGGAGUUAUUACAGGACGUACCAGAUUUAGAUGCGAUAUUAGUAUCAGCUAGUGGAGGCGGAAUGAUAUCUGGUAUAUCUAUUGCUGCUAAAUCUAUCAACAAAAAUAUAAAAAUUUUUAUGGUAGAACCCCAAGGUAAAAUGGCUGAGGAGAGCUUAAGGGCAGGCAACAGAUUGUGGCCUAAUCCCCCACAGUUUAUAGAUACUAUUGCCGAAGGACUAAUGAGUCAACAAUUAGGCAAUCUCACCGUCCCAAUCAUCUGUAGAUUUGUAGAAAAGGAGGUUUUCACUGUUGGAAAUGAAGAUAUUAUUAAUGGAAUGGUGUUCUCUUUCCGGUAUAUGAAGAUGGCAAUAGAAGCCGCUGCUGGAGCUACAGUAGCUGCUGCCAUGUCAGAGAAGUUAAAACAGAUGGAUCCUGGUAUAAAGAAAAUCGGAGUUAUAUUAUGUGGUGGAAAUGUUGACAUGUUGAAAUUACCAUGGUACUCUAAAACAUAAUGAAAUGGACCAAGACAGUUUAAAGUGUAUAUGUAUAGUAA